CGUCGCAGCCGCAGAGAGCGUGCAGCAUGGCUUCGGUGCGGCUGGCGUUGUCGACGCUCUUGCUACUGCUGCUGCUGCUACCUGGACGCUACGACGCUGCCCCGUUCAGCCCGACGUACAUCGACUGGAGCAGUUUCACCUGUGACCAGCUGAAAGAAGACAACACGGACGAACUUGAAGGAUGCCGUUUCACCGAUGUCAGCCCCGGGCAAGAAGAGGUCACCUGCAAGCUUGUUGCCAAACAAAGAGAUGGCGAUAACAUUGUCACAACGUAUCGUAAAGUGUUGCUUAUCACACUGCAAUUCCGCCUUAUGGGAAACAUGUCUGACCAACAAGAUAACGUCUACUGUGCUUCAUUUGCCACAAUGAACAUGGAAAUAAGGAACGACAGCUUUUACGAGAGACACACAGUAGGCGAUCUUCCUCAGAACUUCAUUAACUUCCUGUACUUUGUCAAGGAUGGUAGCUACAUCAGACUCGAAUUCAAAAAGAAAAUUCCAGCAGCUACUGUCACCGUUCAUCCCGACUGCAACGAUGCUGCCAGUAAGAAGAGAGGAGGGACAGACUGCGUGAAGAGCGUCAGGUUCAUGAAGGAGAUCAAGCAUGGGACCUUUCACCUACAAUUUCCCAGCGACGAAUUCUGGAUCUUUUUCAAACGGCGCUUCAUCUCUGAGCUCGGAGGAGAGAUGACGGGCAUGAAGCUGACUUCGUCGGGACGGCUCUCCGCCAUUUCACUGGACUUCUUAACGAGAUUCAUAUCCAGCGACGUCCGCAUGAAGGAGCUGUCACUGGCCAGCAUGAAAGUCGGCCAUCUGGACGGACCAGUGAUCACUAUGCCCACACUCGAGAUCCUGCAACUUCCAGAUGACGGCAUCAUCACAAUGAGUGAAGCCACCCUGCUGGCUGUGCCCAAUAUCCUGCAGCUGGACGUCGCAGGCAAUGAACUGAAGGAACUACCACAGCGGCUUCCUGGUAGACUGUUGGCCCUCAACGUUUCACGGAACCGUCUCGUGAGCUUGCCCACAGUGCUGCCUCAGGCGCUCACCAACCUCAACAUUUCCUACAACGCCAUUGAGGAGCUUCAAGAGACUUUGCCAGCUACUCUGUUCGUAAUGGACGCUUCCCACAAUGCACUGCAGAAGCUCCCACAGAAACUUCCAACUGAACUCCGUCGGCUUGACGUGUCCCACAAUCAACUGCAGAGGCUACACACAGAUAUGCCGCCAAACCUGGAGAUUCUUCAGGUCGCCCAUAACCAGCUGACGACACUUGAGCCCAAGCUGCUGGCUCCUCUAAAGCAUCUGCAGGUACUGGACGUGUCUCACAACGCGCUCACUGCAGUGGACGGCGUGUGGCUGUAUCACCAGCUGCCACUGCUCGACGUCUCCCAUAACAUUCUGCGGGACAUCAGUCUUCUUGGACCAGGCAACGUGUCGCAUAUUGAUGCCUCGCAGAAUGCCAUCGAGUGGUGGGAGGUCAAAGCGGAUCGACUGUCGCUGGAGGGUAAUCCACGGGCCGCGCGAGGGCUCCAGAAGGACACUGCUACGAGCAGAGUGGCAGUCGUGGACCUUGGGGAGAGCAUCCAGCUCAACUGUGACCCUUGCAAUGCGCAGAGUGCUGUAGCUCUGCAGCUACGACACUGGCUUACACGUCAGCUGAACAAUGAAUCGCUGGAAGGGCCCCGGGUGGAGCGGCCGACGCAGCCGCUGUGCACGGACCCUCAGGAGCAGGCGGGCCACGCGCUGCUGCUGGAGUCGGCGCUGGAGGACAGUUCCAACUGCCCGGGCUCGCCGCGGAACGUCGCGCUCUACCUGCUGCUCGCCGUCACCGUGCUGGCGCUCCUCGGCGGCAUCGGCGCCUUCUGCCACUUCCGCAGAUAUGAAAUAACGUACAUUAUUCACCUGAUGAAAAUGCGACGCGAGAGAAUGGCUGCUUUGAGGCGCAAUCCAGCCAGCUACAAGUACGACGCCUUCGUCUGUUACAGCAGCGCGGACCGCCAUUGGGUGGUCGGAGAGCUGCUGCAGAAGCUGGAGCACGCCGGGGAUUCCCCUGAGGAGCCGGCGCUGCGACUCUGCCUCCACGAGAGGGACUUCCCCCUCGGCUCGCUGAUUGCGGACAACAUAAUGUCCUCCAUGCGCAACAGCCGCUCCACCGUCAUCGUUCUCUCGCAGGCGUUCGUCGACAGCCAGUGGUGCCGCUGGGAGCUGGAACUGGCGUCCGUCAAGGUGUCGCACCUGGUGCUGGUGGAGCUGACACGGCUGGAGAGGGCGAGCCUGCCGCGGCACCUGCGCUACCUCAUGGACACCCGCACCUACCUGGAGUGGCCGCAGCAGCCCAAGCAGCAGGCCGCCAUGUGGCGCCGUCUGCGCGCGGCCCUGGCCACCCCAGCAGUAACCGCCGCAGGUGCAGAAGAGGGCGAGGCGUGGCCUACUGAUGAUGGCGACCAGGAGAAGAGUCGCGAUGCCAUCAAGGCGUGAUAUACAUCACGACCUAUUCCCUGCAAGCCGCAUUAUGGGGCUAGGCGGACAUUACCACUGUUGCCACCAUCAUUCUGCAACUUCUCUGUUGUGCAUGGGAAGGUUCGUCUUUCGACGAAUGAGUUCUAAUUUCUGAGAUUUUUUUCGUCGUGGUCAUUUCGAGAGAGAUAUAACACGUUGCUCAACUGUUCCUCGAGUGUACGCUCUCGUAACUUCAACCAUAAUGCUCAGCAUAAUACAAAAGCCCCUCUUGCUUCGACAACCAGUGUAGUUUGCUGAGCAUCUCUGUAACACUCUCACGUUUUCUAAACUAUCCACUCUUUGUUGGCUAUUUUCUUUCUCUUCCGUUAAUCUUCCUUGGUAAAAACCACAGACCGAUAGCUAGUAGGGGACAGUGUUCUAUUAACCACUUCUUUCGUGGGUGAAUUACAAUUCCUUACGAUUGUUCCACUGAAUCUCACCGUGGCAUCCACUUUCCUUAUAUUGUAUUUUAUGUGGCUAUCCCCUUUAAGGUCGCUCAGGCCUGUUACUCAUAAGUAUUUCACGGAUGUUACUGUUUCUGGUGAUCUUCCACCAACAGCGUAAUCGAACAGUGAUGGAUCUCUUUCCCCACUUAUGCCCGUAGUUUGUGCGUGGGCCGUUCCACCUUUGCCACCAGACUCCUCGUACAAGGCGCCUACUAGAUUCAGGAGCAGCUAAGAUGCAGCACCUUACAUCACUGUCAUUCUGAAACCUAACUUUUCUCUGAGGACUGUAGCUCAAGUACGCAAGCAUCAGCAAGCAUAAUACUAAGCGAAAUAGAUCAGUGACAGAAUACUGAAACAUAAAGAAGUCGAUUUAAUUUUUCAUAAGACCUCACUGGAAAUACAAUGAAAGUAAAACUCGUGUGGCAUAAAUGGCCAGGAAACACCGAUGGGUAGUUCAGCUUCCUAAUUCAAUAUGUUUUCUUUUUACUUUGCGUCCACAGACACCUUUCCCUUGCAAAGUGUGACAGAUAUGUACGUUGUAAGUGGAUCUCUUGAGUGUAGGUGACAGUAAUCGGUGUAUGUAUAGUGCAGUUUCAUGUUCCUGUUGGAGAUGAUGAGAGACGGAAGAGUGUGAAAUCUGAUGCCAGUAGGUAGCCUGUCAAAGAACACAUAGGGAAACCCAGCGUUAACGUUCCCAUCUAACAGACAGAUCAGCAGCAAACAGUUUCGCAGGUUGUUGCUUCAUGAGACACUGCAGAGAGGCUUGGAACUGAAUCCAGAACACCGGCGGGAAGACUGGCGGUCAGGGACUGUAUGCCAUCGCCCCUGCUGUUCCUUCUGUCGUGAGGGCAAAGGGAAAAUGAUAAACAGCUUGCGGUGCACCCGUACAGUCACCCAGCAAACUCCCAACCAAAUACAAUAGAGCUUAAAGGACUUAAAUUAUAUGACUGGAACCAGCGUACCCACCUCUGCUUGGCUAUAUGGUAAAAAUACUAAUCUGACACUUACUGAGAAACUCUCGAACUGAGAACGUCAUUUAUGUAGUACACCAAACAAGUAUUAACAUUGUAAAUUGCGUUUAAUAUAACCUGUUGCAUAAACUGUAAUUGACUAUGUAAAACACGUUUGUUUCGCAAUGUAGAUGACUAUUGCUCAGUUACACAAUUCUCAAUGAAUGUCAUGACCUCACAAAAUUUAGCACUUAAACCAUAUAACCUGUGAUACUGUAAUAUUGUGUAUUUAACUAUCUAUUUCGUUUAAUAUUGCCCACUGCGUGAAGUUUGAUUUACAAAGCUAAAAACAAGUUUGUUGGAGAACAUUGUGUGAAAGUGGCUCGUAUUUUUGUUUAUAAUGUUUCGUCUUCUAAAAAUGUGUGUUUCUAGCAGUCACUAGUCAGUUGUUUCCCGAAGAUGGCCCAAUAAACAAACAACUAGUUAGAAACAAACAAUAAUCAGAAGAACGAAAACAGUUUACUUGUUAUUCAAAGUCAAAUAUGGAACUGUUCUACCAAGAAAUGUCAGAAAAACCCACAAAGACGAUAAAUCGCAUUCCUCCUCAGUUGAAACUUCAAAUGAUUCUAUCAUGGAGAUAACAAUAAAACUUUUAGUAUUUUGUAA